CUGUAGCUACAGUACGAAUAGUAUCGAGUACGCGCGCGCAUGACUUGACUGUUAUAUUAAAGUUAUUAUAUUAUUUUCUGCUAAUAAAUAUUCUUAACACGUAAAUAUUGAAAAAGAAAUAAAAAAUGGUGGGCGUCUUAUUUGUCGUAAAUGUUCCCCAAAAGGAGCACGAAACGGAACUGAGGAAGGGAGAAAAAGUAACAAAAUUUAUUUUAGAAAAAGAGAAAUAUGAAAAUGCAUACGAAGUAAUUCGUGAACUCAAACAAAGUAAAAGAUUCGGCAGCAAAUCACCAUCUAGUGAUUCUUCGAUAAAAGAAGACAGCAUUUCCAUAAUGUCGAAGUAUAAUUCGACAGACUGUUUACAUAAAAGUGAAAAAAAUGUAGACUUAUAUAAAUCUAGAAGCGAAAACACUUUAAACAAUUAUCUGGACAGUGAUCUUAAGAUCAUCAAAUCUCCUUGGGAUGGAAUAAAGCAAGUCAUCAAGCCUAGAAAGAACAAAGUAAAAAUAACGAAACCUAUAAGGGGUGUGGAUAUUCUUGAUGCUUUUCAUUGGGACACUCCACUUGAAACUAUACUGUCAGAGAUCAUAGAUCGCCUGAAUAUUUUUAAUGCAACCUGGACUAAAAUGAGAGAUGAUAAAUUUUGGAAAGUAAUAUUUUCUUUAGAAGCUGGCAACUUGUGCGAGGAGUUGCUACAGGUACUGACAACUUUUGGCAUCGGAGCGCGACAUCAAUCUUCCGUCAGCGUGAUCCCGUGUACACUAUAUUAUAAGUCAAACAAAAAUGAUAAACAAUUGACGUCUGAACAAGAAAAGUUGUGGCAUAGUGACACGAAUUCAGCUUGGAAUCGUUUCUCAUCAUCAGUGUGCACGCGCACCAAUUUAGCUCAAGUGCUACACGCGGUACGAGCUGACGCAGCGCUCACAUUUGACUGGGUGUUCCUUCUACUUGUAGCUGCAUUCGUGGCUGCCAUUGGACUUGUUGAAGACUCUACUGUUAUACUGGUUGCCAGUAUGCUCAUAUCACCUCUCAUGGGUCCAAUAACAGCGGGAACCUUAGGUACUGCGGUCCGCGAUCGCUCUUUACAACGGAUGGGUGUAAUGCACGAAAUGCUGGGUCUGUUCCUCGCACUUGUCAUCGGUUUUGUCUUCGGCUUGGUCAUUUGCGCCAUAGACGAGAACUACGGAGUUAGAGAAUGGCCAACAUAUGAGAUGAUGUCGCGGUGUGAAAUUCGCUCGCUGUGGGUAGGCGUGCUGGUGGCACUGCCGAGCGGUGCAGGCGUCGCCUUAGCGGUGCUCGGCGAAUACACCGCCUCGCUGGUCGGCGCUGCUAUCUCGGCAUCCCUGCUGCCGCCUGCAGUCAAUGCUGGAUUGCUCUGGGCUAUGGCGUUGGUCCACCUAAUAUUUUCCAACGAUGAGGCUCGUUGGACGAAUGUGGUAACAACGGCAAACUUCAGUAGCGACCAAGCAACAGAACUAGCUCUACUCGGCACAGUGUCUCUCUCUCUUACAUUGGUCAACAUAUUCUGUAUAUUCAUUGCUGGCGUAGUUGUUUACAAGGUUAAAGAAGUUUGUCCUCUUGAAAGAAGAGACAUAUCGUGGUGGAGAGAAAAUAGAAACCUUUUGCAAGCUUCUAAUAACAAAAUAAAUAACAAUAUCUCAUGGGAAGUUUACAGUAAAUGGUCCAACGAUCCUAAGGAAACUACAAAAGAAAGAAAAGAAGCUCAAGGUGUCGUCCAAAGUGACACGGUGACCUACCGUCGACACCAAAUCGGAAAGAGGCGCUUGCGGGCACAAAAUAUUGAAAACUACUGUUUUCAGAAAUCACAAUCGGGAGAGAGCUACACUCCUUUAGACCCAGAAACUCAUUUAGUAGUCAAUACAAACGACAUUAAAGAUGAAGAUAAACGCAGUUUUAUAAGCCAAAACAAUUUAAAUGGUAAUUCCCUCAAAAACAAUAAUAUUGACUAUUUAAAUUCAAAUAAUUAUGGUUUUUAUAAUAUGGGCUUUGAUGACGAGCAUAAUGAUGAUAAUACUUGUGCCACCAUAAACACACAUCCGACAAUCGAACCAUCUUUAAACUAUACAGUUGAUGCGAAAAACUAUGGUGUCGUAUUAGGUUCUAAGUCCUUUCAUGUGUAAUUGAAAGUACAUUUUGGUAAUUGACUAUACCUAUUUAAAAGUCCCAAUGUAAUUUAAAAUAGGUACAAAAUAACCAUAUAACUAAGAGAUAAAACGUUAUAUUUUUUUUACAUAAUAAAGUUGUAAACAUGUGGUCCUUAUGUUGAGAAACGGCACCGACCCUGAUCUCUUUUCACUUUGAGAAACCAAAAAAGUGUUACACGCAACAAAGUCAGCGUCAUUUGACUAUUUGGAACGUGUUCAGAACUAACCUGCAGAAAAUAUAUCAGUAUACAUAGUAAUAUAUUUUCUGUACCUACAAUAAACCGACCUUAGUAAUUAGUAAGUAUCAAAAUAAUAAAUUUGUAAUUUUUCUAU